GGCCUUGAUUACUCGUUCUUUUCCCUUUUUUUUUUCCUUGAAGAAUCUCAUUAUUUCAUUGUCAUGGGAAUAAAAGAAUCAGUGUUUAUAAUAUGGUCAAAAGGAGAGUGCAAUGCCGGUCAACUGGAGAGACUUGUGGCAAUCCGGGUCAAUGUGUCGGGUUCGGUUUUGAUAUCGGAUUAUGCUCAAAAUACAAGAAAAGAAGAUAAACAUGUCGAAAUCAGGUCGAAUGUAGGCUGUUUAGACUGUCUCAGCUUCAGGUCCACUGGCUAACUUCAAGUCGGGUUAUCGAGGGUGGGUCAGAUAUAUAACCUGUUCUAACUUGGAUGACUGGUUCUCAAAAGAUGUUACUCCACAUUGUGGUUGGUACAGGUAUACAGGUAGAAGCAUAUAGUAUAUGCAAAAUGCUUAGAAAGUCAUCUCAGCAAGUAUAUUAUUUCAUGGGAUCCCACUCCCUGAAUAUUUUUAGACGUGUGCCCCAGUAUCAGUAACAAAUUUUCAAUGUUUAGAGUAGGCAGCAAAUAUCAAACCACCAACCAUUUAAAGUUUUAACAUCAUCAUCAUCAUAUCCUUUCUUUCCUUAACCCAUAGUCCAUCUAAUGCACCAAUCAAUCCCAUAUAUCUUCAACCAAAACUCAAUUGACAAUCUAAGUAAAGGCCAACUUCUCUUAGAAGCUUAAUUAGUCACCUCAUCAUUGAGAAAUGAAACUAAAAACAUUGUUUCACUUCAAAGCCAAGGUGAUUGAACCUUGUAGUAAGCUUUUAUCCAUCUUCAAGCAUAAAUGUGAUAAACCUUCAAUGUCUUCAAGAGCUCCUACACUACGUAUGCCAAAACGCCGUUCUAAACCCAAAACUCGAACCAAAGUUGUCCGGUUCAGAAAACCCUUCUCCAUCAAGGCUUUCACCUUUCCUCGUUACCGUCCCAAGAACAAAGUCCGGGUAAGAAAAAAUCGCCCUUCUCUUUCCUCGAAAUUCAGAAGAACUUUCCGGCGCAAGAAGCGUGUUAAAUCAUCCAACCAACCCCAACCCAUUCAAAAGGUACGCAUAGCUGAAUACCUUACAGUUCUAUUCUCCUUGAGAAAGGCUAAAGACAUAGAAACUGAGAGCAACGAUCAAGCCAUGGGAGAUGCUACAAGUCUAAGUCCAUCAUCAAGAGGGCAUGCGAAGGAGCCAUUUCCGUCACCUAUAACACCGGGAUUUGCUAGAAAAAGUGAUGAUAGUAAGAAAGAGAGCUCGGAUGAUCUCGAAGAUGUUGAACAUCCAUGCAAAAGUUUUGAAAACUAUAUGGUGGAGAUCAUUGUUGAAGAAGGGAAAGUGAAGGAUUUGAUGGAUGUAGAGGAGCUCCUAUACUGUUGGAGGAAUCUGAAAAGUCCUAUUUUCAUAGAAUUGGUAGGUAGAUUUUAUGGAGAAUUAUGCAAGGACUUGUUUUCUCCUUCUGAAGAGAAUGAGAGUCAGGAGACUGUUACUUCUGAGUGAUGAUGUUAUGCAUUGAACAUCUACUAUUCUUUUAUAAGUUAACCCCUUGAAUUUGGUUGUCUUUCUCCUCUUUUACAAGAAAGAAUUCUUAAAGGUUUAUUCUCAGGUUUGUAAUAUGAAGAGAAGCAUUUAGAUAUCUCAACCCCUUUUUUGGGCACAUAUACUUGUUUAUGAAGAAUAAUCGUGGGAGCGUAAGGGGUAUGCAUUAACCUGAAACGUCUAUUGUUGUUGUUGUUGUUGUUGUAGCAUUUAUGUAGUACAACCAAAUCAAUCUUAACCAUCCAUCAAAACGAAAUACCAAAUUGGUAUUAUAUGUUCAUAAUUCCUUCAAAAUCUCCUUCAAUUGUGAGGAGUUGGAACCUUGAGCGUUCAUAUGAGAAAAUUUACAAACCAGCCAAACUUAGUAAAGUUGUAUUAAGGGGAUGAUCAUUGAUCAAACAACUUCAUUCAACUAUAUAUGUAACUUGUUAUACUUUUACUUUG